AAUCUGAGCUUACUCUCAUCUAGCAUUUCAACGCUACCUUCUAAGAACAAUUCACCAACUGAACUAGUGAAUUGGUUCAGUGAAUAGAUUAUAGGAUUCCUUAUGGGAGAUUCUGGUUUGGUGAGUAGUCCAGACAUUAAGUCUGGACAGCUUUAUAUAAAGCUCCCCACACUGUUUCAUUUAUACAUCUGGCCGUUUGCCUUAUUCGUUUAUCCUUAUAUUGCAUAUGUUUACAAGAAUCAUUUAUUUUCUGAUGAAGUUCGUUAUUUAACCUACAUUGCUUCUGGAACAUUAAAUGUACUGGUUUGGCUAAUUGGUGAAUGGAAUACUCGUAUGUAUUGUCUUUUGACAUGCAAGAAGAGCAAUUCUGUUGGUCAUGCUACUCACAUUAUGGUGGUUCCUAGCAAGUCUGGAGAUAACAGCAGUGUGGAACCAAUUGAAAAGACGGUUCUUCCUGAUGGUCAACGCGUCCAAUUUUCAUUCGUUUUCCAAAAAAAGCGCUAUCUGUAUAAGGAAGAGAAUAAACAUUUUACUAAUGUAACUUUUCCUAUGGAUUCUUCUCUUACAAUUAGCGAUUUCAAGAAUAGCUCUGGUUUGAAUUCUGCCCAAGAGGAAUUGUACAAAUGUCACUAUGGUAGAAACGUCUUUGAUAUUCCUAUCCCUUCAUUUACUGCCUUAUUUAAAGAGCACGCAGUUGCUCCUUUUUUUGUUUUCCAAAUUUUCUGCUGUGUUCUUUGGUGCUUGGAUGAAUACUGGAAGUUUUCUCUUUUCUCAAUGUUUAUGAUUGUGGCCCUUGAAUGUUCUGUCGUCUGGCAGCGUCAGCGAACUUUAGUUGAAUUCCGUACCAUGAGCAUUCAGACAUAUGAUGUUCAAGUAUAUCGUAACAAAAAAUGGAUGACUGUCUCAACCGAGGAUCUUUUACCUAACGACGUUGUAUCCAUCGUGCAUACCAAAGAAGAUCUUGGACUUCCUUGCGACAUGCUUUUAAUUUCCGGGACUUGUGUCGUUAAUGAGGCCAUGCUAUCAGGAGAGUCUACCCCUUUGGUUAAAGAAUCUAUUGAGUUACGCCCAGAGGAGGCAGUAGUAGAUUUUGGCGAUAUUGACAAGAAUGCUAUUUUGAAUGGUGGUACUCGAGUUCUUCAAGUUACUCCUUCUCCAUUCUCAAAAAUAAAGACUCCUGAUGGUGGUGUACCUGCUGUUGUGCUUCGAACUGGUUUUGAAACAAGUCAAGGUUCUCUUGUUCGUACAAUGGUAUUCUCCUCUGAAAAGGUUAGCGAAAAUAAUUUGGAAAAGCUUUACUUUAUUUUGUUUUUGAUGGUCUUCGCUAUUGCUGCUUCUGCUUAUGUAUGGCACGUCGGUAGCCAAACUGACAGAAGUCGCUACAAGCUAAUGUUAGAUUGCAUUAUGAUUAUUACAUCUGUUGUCCCCUCUGAGCUUCCUAUGGAGCUUUCGUUAGCGGUAAAUGCUUCAUUGGCUGCCUUAUCCAAGUAUUACAUUUACUGUACUGAGCCUUUCCGUAUUCCUGUAGCAGGACAUGUAGACAUUUGCUGUUUUGAUAAGACUGGUACUUUAACAGAGGAACAUAUGGUUGUCCAGGGUGUUUCUGGUUUGAACAAAGAAGAGCCUUCCCGUCUCGAGACUUUGAAUAAUGUCCCUAAAGAAACUGAAUUAGCGAUCGCUACCGCUCAUACACUAGUAUUACUUGAACAAGAAGGAGAGCCUGCUAAGACAGUGGGUGAUCCAAUGGAGAAAGCUACUAUUGAAGCAUUAGGCUGGUCAGUAAGUAAGAAUAACGUGAUCGUUCCUCCCGAAACUUCUGUUUUCCAUAAAGGAAAGGUUCAAAUUACUCGUAACUUCCAGUUCUCAUCUGCUUUGAAACGUCAGUCCUCUGUGUCUAAUGUUCGUAUCGCGGGCGGUAACCAAAGAACGUUUGUUUCAGUUAAAGGUGCCCCAGAGGUUAUUGCUACUAUGCUUAAGAACGUCCCUAGAGAUUAUGAAAAGGUUUACAAAGAAUAUGGUCGUAAAGGAUCUCGUGUUUUGGCUCUUGCUUGCAAACAUUUUAAGAAUUUUGUAUCAGAAAGUAAGGUUACCGAUUUGACACGCGAAGAAAUAGAAUCUGGCUUGGAUUUUGCGGGUUUCCUGAUAUUCAAUUCUCCUUUGAAGGACGAUGCUAAAGCUACCAUUCAAAUGUUGAAUAACUCGUCUCACCGAUGCAUCAUGAUUACUGGUGAUAACCCAUUGACUGCAGUAUACGUUGCCGAACAAGUCGGUAUUGUAGAAAAACCUACUUUAGUGUUAGACAAGAAUGAAACUUCUAAGGGAACAAUGGAAUGGAAGAGUACAGAUGAUACUGUCACUGUGCCUAUGGAUUGCACGAAGAAGUUAGAUGCUUCUUUAUAUAAGAAAUAUGAUCUAUGUGUCACUGGCCGUGCUCUUUCCGAAAUUGAAGAUCCUAAUGUAUUACUUUCCGUAUUGACGCACGCAUGGGUAUAUGCUCGUGUUUCGCCCGCUCAAAAAGAACUUAUGAUUGCUACUUUGAAGGAUUGUGGUUAUGUUACUCUGAUGUGUGGUGAUGGAACGAACGACGUCGGUGCUCUUAAGCAAUCUCACGUUGGUAUAGCAUUACUCAAUGCAUCUGAGGAAGACAUGUUGCAAAUGCAGGAGAGGGCACGGAUGAAUAAUUUGAUGUCGGUUUAUGAAAAGCAAAUUAACCUUUCUAAGCGAUUUAACCUUCCUCCUCCUCCCGUUCCUCCAGCCUUGUGUCAUGCAUUCCCUCCCGGACCUAACAAUCCUCACCGCGAAAAGACUCAGGAAAAUUUAACUAAAUAUUUGGACGACUUGAAAGUUAAGAAAGAAGGCGAAACAGGAUUGACCGAAAGCGAACAGUCUGCCGAAAAACGUGCCAACUUAGCAAACAAAAUGUUUGACACGAUGGCAGAAGCUUCUGAAGAUGAUGCACCGAAGAUUAAGUUAGGUGAUGCGUCUGUUGCAGCUCCAAUUACAUCCAAAUUAGCAGUGACUAAUUCCGUCAUUAACAUCGUUCGUCAAGGACGUUGCACACUGGUAGCACUUGUCCAAUUACACAAGAUUUUGGCAUUAAAUUGCUUGAUCACUGCUUACUCUCUUUCCGUUUUGCACUUGGAUGGCAUUAAGUUUGGUGAUACUCAAUAUACCAUCUCCGGUAUGCUGAUGUCUGUUUGUUUUUACUGUGUGUCAAGGGCGAAGCCUAUGGAGACUCUUUCAAAGGAAAGGCCUCAGCACCGUAUAUUCAACACCUACAUUAUUGGAUCCGUCUUGGCACAAUUUAUCGUCCAUGUUGUUACACUGAUUUAUAUCACAAAAUGUGUGUAUACUUAUGAAAAUCCUUUGGAUAAAGUUGAUUUAGAAGAAAGCUUCAGCCCAUCGUUGUUGAACAGUGCAAUUUAUCUUUUGCAGCUGAUUCAACAAGUUUCUACCUUCGCGAUUAACUAUCAAGGACGUCCUUUCCGUGAAGGAUUAAGUGAAAACAAAGGCAUGUAUUAUGGCCUUUUGGGAGCGGCAUUUGUUGCUAUUGCUGGUGUUACAGAGUUUAUACCCGAGCUUAAUUCCAAAUUGCAACUUGUAAAACUUCCUUUCAAUUUCCAAAUGCAAUUAUUGUUUACCAUGAUCUUUGACUAUGGAGCAUGCUGGGUCAUUGAAGAAGUUAUGAAAAAGUACUUCCGUGACAACAAACCUAAGGAUAUCGUUUUGCGGGACUAAACAAUUCAAGUAAGCAAUGCUGUGGUUGAUUGUCCAUGAAGCAUGUUUAUAAGACUAUUAUAGGAACAUUAAUCUGUUCCGAGGAAUGUUCGGCUUGUAUGCUUCAUUGCUUGAGAACAAAUAUCACAUCGUUAUGAUUACAUUGGAAGCUUGUUUGUUUGAUUUCGUUUACUGCAUUUCAAUUAUAUACUAGUAAUAUUCAUGAAAACAAUUUUUUGCUUCUGUACUAAUAAUAAAAUAGAGCUUCUCAUUUCA